AUGCUUGCUGUCAGGAGAUCUGUUCGAGAGAGUCACUUCGACUUUCAAUCAUACGAUACUGCCCUGUUUUAUGGAUUCCAAUAUUCCGAUGGGCCUUUCUUAAGUCCCCAGGAUUUGCGUUGGAAGGGCCUCACCAAAGCCCAGAGCCACUACGUAACAGAAGAGCAGAAUCAAUUCGACAACCCAUCGAAAGACUGCAUGAUGCUCCUGAUGGCUGAUUACGGGGUGAACAAUGAAAUUGAAGGGAUUUUUCAACAAGCGAGGACAGACUUCUUGGAUCAUUUCCUUUGCAAUGGCCUCUGCCGCAGCUUUCCAAGCGAAUAUGAUGCCCCAAUUGACUCUCCUUCCCGUGACUAUUUCCUACAUGCCUUUUUCGAAGCUCAAUACGUUCUUUGGAUUUUAUUUUUCAAAUCUAAACCUGGAAAGGCUGACCUGGACAAUUCUACGAAGCCUUCUCCCGAAGAUCUUAACCCGGUAGUCGAAUUCAAUCCAGAUCUUGACAAAAACAUUAUUUUUGAGCCUUCAGAGGAGUGGCUAUACAACUAUCCAGGUUUCCUUGACCAGAAGCCAGACAUUGAUCACGUAUGGCAGCAGCGAAGAGUUCUCGAGGGCUUGAUAUUCUCCAAGAUAGUUACCGUGAUCAACCAAAGCACUUCGAUCAUUCACGCUGAAGUUGUGAGUCAACUGGGACAGAAGGACAUGAAGAAUAUUACUUCUGAGGGCAUUUUCGAGUCGAAUGAGAUCUGGUCUUCGAUGAAUGAAGCCAUAGAAACCCUGAAAGAAGAUCUAAGACAGAUUAGCAAGCAUAUUGAGGACUGGAAAGUGCGAGAAGAGCUUUUGAAAAACGAGAGACCGAGAUGGACACGGAAUAAUAAGUAUCGAUUUCGCGACAUAAUCAAUCGAGUUCACCUUCUGCAAGAUGUUGUCGAACGCAACUUCAAGGCAACUGAGGCUGAUAUCCGGAAGGUCUCUCAAAUACUGAAACUGCGACAGGAGACUCAGAAGGCGAAGUAUGACCAGAAAAUGACAGACCUCUCUUUCCGUCAAAAUAACCACGUCGCAUUGUUUACCUAUUCUACUGUCUUCUUCCUUCCAUUAGGCUUUGCAACAAGCUUUUUCAGUAUGCAAGCGGCACCUUCGUUCUACCUAAUGAGACAAAUGAAGAAGGACGUCGAGGAGCUCUAA